AUCUUUCGUCACUUUGCAGGCCCCAUUUGUUACACCGGGAGACUGGCCCUAUAAGAACCGAGUGGACAACAAGAGCUCGCAUCGAAGAAUACCGGUAGGCAACCAAACGCUAAUGAACAAGUACCAUACCAGGAGCCACGGUAAGCCCCUCCUGGACUCGCACCAGUUCUGGGGCCUUCAGACCAUCGCCUCCUCGCCGCGCGACACCAGUCACACUUCCAGCAUCAUGAUCACACCUACCUCAAGCCCGACAAAAGAGCUGGACCCACCGGCUCUGACAAAAUUCUUCUCAUCGACGGCGGCCCCGGGCCCGCAGUACAGCCUGCGCUACAGCACGCGCUGCCAUGACGGAGAGAAGGACCACGAGAACGGCGCCCUCAGCAGCGAUGAUGAAAAUGCUGACGAUUUAGAAGACGGAGUGGACUCGGGUAUUUUUCCCCUGGACCCCAGCAAUGAAUUAGACGUUGACCAAAUUGAACAAAACUGACAAAAAGGGGCGUGGCAAAGUCUUUUUUUAAUUUCCUAAAACAGUAGGUUUUUUUCUUUCAAGUUCUUAAGUCGCAAAUUUGACAAGAAAAACAUUUUUAAAAGUAAAGGUACAGUUUAUGUUGUGUCCAACAAAACACAGCUUGGCAACAUGCACCUUUUCUUCCGAAGAAUUUUUAAUUCAAAUUCCAACAACUUAUGGGGGAAAAAAGAAUAUGUCCCAAAAAAUUAAUAAGAAGAUUAUCGAGAAAAAAAAUUGAGUUUUGGUUGUUUACGUUUUAUCUUGCUUGCUGUGUGUUCACACUUAAAAAAAAAGUAGUUAAAAAAACAAUCAGACAUCGUUUCUUUCUUUAGAAUGAAAUUUUUAAUCCCUGAAUGAGUUUUGCGUAAACGUUUUAAUGUUGUAACUUAAUACAUGACCAAAUAGAGUGUGAUUUUUUUUAUAUGUGCUAUAUAUUUAUUUUGUAUCGUUUGCCUUUUUUUUUUUUUUAUAAUACUGAACAUGGACUUUGAACAUUCACAUGAGAUUCCAGCAACAGAGGGCGCUAUUUCAUGUCAAUUCUGACGUGCUUACAUGUGCAUGUACACAGAGUGCAAUGAUGCAAAUCUGUACCAAUUUGUUUCCAAAAUUGUACAGAUUUUUGGCUUGUUGCCAACCCAACCCUAAAAAAAAAA